AUGCUCGUCAAGUCUGUUGCCGCUUUCGCGGCUCUCGCUUUUGCCGCCAAUGUCGCCGCCGAGCCGAUGCCCUACAGGCCGACAAUGAUGAAGACCUCGACCCGCGCCCUGUUCGGUAUUGCCCGUCGCGAGGAGCAGCCGGGGUACCAGCCGGAGGAGGCCAUGUGCAACGACGGCAACACUUGCGAGGAGGCGUGCGGUGCCGGCUACCAGACCUGCAGCUCGACCGACAGCCAGGUCCACUGCUUCAACCCCACUGUCGGAGAGCUUUGCUGCCCCGACCAGUCUGGCAGCUACUACUGCACCGCCGACACCAAGGGCGAGACGUGGUGCUGCCCAGGAGGGCAUGGAUCUGGCCGCCUGCGCCCGCCCGCGUACAGCGUGACCGGCGGGCUGGUUUCUCAGACCCCUCCUCCCGCCACCUCCACCUCGACCACCAGCACGAGCACUAGCACGAGCACCACCAAGGCGCCCAUCACCACGACAACCACCACUUCCUCCUCAAGCACCGUCGUGCGCAACACCACCUCGGUCGCCGUCGACUCACCCACGAGCGCCGUGCUCCUGCCCAGCUCGAGCUCCAUCCAGAGCAACUCGACCUCGGUCUCCACUGUCAAGCCCGCCCAGCCAACCGAGAGCAAGGGUCGAGGAGGGCGCCGGCAACAUCGUCGGCCCCGCGACCGCCCUCGUCCUGCUGGCGGCCGGUUUUGCCGCCCUUCUCUAAAGCUCAUAACAGCACCAUCCUCGGCCCCAAGGUACUAG